UGACAAAAUGUCAGCCGCCGUGAUAGCCACCAGUUUGGUAAGACGAGUUUUAAGUAUUCCUGUAAUAAGACAGUCCGCGUGGUGUUUCCAACAGGAAAGAAAUGUUUGGAAAGGGAUCGACAAGCCGAAACCAGGCGUACCCGGAACAUACUAUCGCCGUAUUAUCCAUUUUCCAGAAGAAUACACGGUGAAGCCUCUAAGAGUCACUAACCUCGGUGGCAGAGACCCUGUCACUGGCCGAUUGGUGGCGAAGGGGAUCGGAGGAGGCAUAAAGCACAAGUAUCACUGGAUAAACUGGAAACGGGAAGGUCCAAAGAGUUUAGAUGAAAAACCAAAAGAGGAAAGGGUGCUGCAGGUAUUGAAGGAUGGAUGUAGAACGGCAUUCAUCGCACUUGUUGGCUGUGGUCAGGAGUUGAACUACAUUCUGGCCACACAGAACAUGAAGCCAGGUGACAUCAUACGCACAUCUCAAGCCAUACCACGUAUACCUGUAAAAGCAAAUGAGGGAGAUGCUUUUCCUUUGGGUGCAUUACCUACUGGCACACAAGUUCAUUCUAUAGAAAAAUAUCCCGGUUAUGGUGGAAGUUUAGUACAUGCAGCUGGUACUUUUGCAACGAUACUACGCUAUGACGGCACGGACAGAGUAAUAGUAAAAAUGCCAAGCAAGCGCGAGUUCAGUUUGCACAAAUCAUGUAUGGCUACUGUUGGAAGAUUGUCGAACCAUCUCCACGGUAGUACUCCAAUUGGUAGUGCUCAGAACAAUCGAUUGCUAGGUAACCGACCAAGAAGUGGAUUAUGGAAACGUAAGGAGGGACGUCACGGACGUAAAAUACGUCCGUUACCUCCAGUAAAAGAAUUUUCCACUGGUGAUAAAUCAAUGAAUGCCCCUGCUGUCAGACUGACACUUGACCUGUAAUUUAUUUUUAAACCUGUUAAUAAACUUAUUAAAUAGUACAUCGACUCAUAUAUUUUCAUUUAAUCACUGCCCUGUGAAAGUUUUACAAUUUGUGAAGGGUCGUCUUAAGCUUAUUUUGAAAAUCUGAGAACCUGGAACAGAAUCUGGAAUUUACGAUGUAAAAUCAUCUCUUCUUUAGGCUAUUUCUUGACUACUACAAUGAAUAUUUUCCUCCAAGGUAGUGUUCUAAGCUGGAUCCUAUUUGUGUCAUGAUUUUUGGAUUGUUUCGUGAUAUUGAUUAUAAAAGCUAUUCAAUGAUUCUAUAAUCAUCCACGAACUAUAUUUCACGUACAAUGUGUUACCGGAUAGUGUAAAUAAAUGCUUUUCAAGUGGUAUAUAAAGCAAAUAUUUGCUUCGGAAAAUUUGGGACUUGGGGAAUUCAAAAAUGAAAGUUUGUAAUUGGACGUGCUGUUUCAAGCUGAAGAAAUGAUAAUAAAAUCCGGUUUAAUUAUAAAUUGCUCUUAGAACCUGUGAACUAAUGGUUGUUAAGUAAAUGAAUUGUAUUUUAUUCUCAACUAGGGUGGUUAUAAAGUUAAAAACGAGAAAGAAUGUCUUCAACUGUUUCGACUCGAAGAGGCCAGACUGAAAAUUUUCUUCUUAAUUAUCUAAUACAUCACUGUAGCCUACAUUCAUGUCUUAAAAUUCUUUUAUCAUGAUAUUAUAUUACAUUCAAUUCUUAUUUAGCAGUAUUGCGGUGUGGUGAAUAGGAUAAUAAAGAUUAUCUUCAUGAAAAGAAAGAAAAAGUAGCUUUCAUAUUACUGAUGCAGGAUAUGGAACUUAAAAAAUAUACAUUGGUGAGUAAUAUUUCCAUCUCAAAAUGUGA